CUUUUUAAAAACCUGGUAUAUGGGUGUAUUUCCUGUGUACAACUGCUUCCUCUUCCUUUCUCUACAACUCUUCCAAGAUGAGUAAAAUCAACAGAGAUUCACUUCGUGAGUCAAUUGAUGCUGUACUCAAGUAUUCCAAUGAAACCAAGAAACGCAAGUUCACGGAAUCAAUUGAGCUACAAAUUGCCUUGAAGAACUAUGAUCCCCAGAAGGACAAACGUUUUGCUGGAACAAUCAAAUUGCGUAAUAUCCCCAAGCCCAAGAUGAAGGUCUGUGUUCUUGGUGAUCAAGUCCAUUGUGAUCAGGCUAAGGCAAACGACUUGCCCCAUAUGGAUAUUGAAGCUCUAAAGAAACUCAACAAAGACAAAAAGCUUGUGAAAAAAUUAGCCAAGAAGUAUGACGCCUUCCUUGCUUCUGAGUCUCUGAUCCGUCAAAUUCCCAGAGUUCUAGGGCCGGGUUUGAACAAGGCUGGCAAGUUCCCCGCACCAAUUACCCACAAUGACAGUCUUAAUGCAAAGAUUGAAGAGACCAAAGCCACCAUCAAAUUUCAGAUGAAAAAGGUACUUUGUUUGGCUGUUUGCAUUGGACAUGUCAAUAUGAAUUCAGAGGAGCUGUACCAAAAUGUUACUUUGGCUAUCAACUUCCUGGUGUCCCUCUUGAAGAAAAAUUGGCAAAAUGUGAGAGCGUUGUAUAUCAAGAGCACUAUGGGUCCAGCUGAAAAGAUAUACUAAUUCUGAGAGCACGAUUGUGCAAUAAAAUCAUAUAAAUUAAAGAAA